AUGGCUGUCCCGGGGAACUCACUAUGGAGGCUGCUUCUCUGUGCGUAUUUUGCGCUCACGGUCGGAGCGGACUGCGAGAAGGACUGUGCGCUCUGCCUCAACCGUAUACUGGGACAACAGACGGCAAUUAACACCCUGACAUGCUCAAUAGAAUGUGAGGGUAGCCUGGACACCACGAAGCUCCGCCUCUGCCGAGACGUCCUAUUGGAGGAGGAGCCUGUCGCUGUUGACGAAAUCAAACAGGAAGAGGUGGAGGACGAGCAGCACCAGCUGGCCAAGAAGUAUGGCGGCUUCAUGAAGCGCUACGGGGGGUUCAUGAUCAGGAGGAGCCCACCCGUACAGGAUGGAGGAGUGCAGGGAGGACAGAACAACCCAGUGGCUGAGGAAGAGGACAUCCGUCUGGAGAUCCUGAAGAUCCUGAAUUCAGAGGCCGAGGGGCAGAGGGACGGAGAGUUGGCCAAGCGCUACGGGGGGUUCAUGAGGAGAGGGGGGGACUUCGGGGCUCUGGAGGUGGUGGGCAGGCCAUUGAAGAAGCGUUAUGGGGGCUUCAUGAGGAGGGUAGGGAGGCCUGAGUGGCUGGAGGAUCAGAAGAACAAGGGGGGGCUCCUGAAACGCUCCUGGGAGGGGCAGGGGGUUGACUCCCCCCUGGCUGAGAUACAGAAGAAAUAUGGCGGAUUCAUGGACUAG